UCACUUGUGGCAUUAAAAAAACAAAACAAAACAAAACAUAUUAUGAAAUUGAGCCUGACAUCAACCUGAUAGCAAAUAUUGAGCCCUGGAGAACUCAAACUUCUGACAGAUCGAUCGUGUCCUGUGCUGAAGAUGUUUCCAGAACAACAGAAAGAGGAAUUCGUAAGUGUCUGGGUCCGAGAUCCUAGGAUUCAGAAGGAGGACUUUUGGCAUUCUUAUAUUGACUAUGAGAUAUGUAUUCACACUAAUAGCAUGUGUUUUACAAUGAAAACAUCCUGUGUACGAAGAAGAUAUAGAGAAUUUGUGUGGCUGAGACAGAGACUGCAGAGUAAUGCACUGCUGGUGCAACUGCCGGAACUUCCAUCUAAAAACCUGUUUUUCAAUAUGAACAAUCGCCAGCACGUUGAUCAGCGUCGUCAGGGUUUGGAAGAUUUCCUCAGAAAAGUCCUACAGAACGCACUUUUGCUUUCAGAUAGCAGCCUCCACCUCUUCCUGCAGAGCCAUCUGAACUCUGAGGACAUCGAGGCAUGUGUUUCAGGGCAGACCAAAUACUCAGUGGAAGAAGCCAUUCACAAGUUUGCCUUAAUGAACAGACGUUUCCCUGAAGAAGAUGAAGAAGGAAAGAAAGAAAACGAUGUAGAUUAUGAUUCAGAAAGUUCAUCCUCUGGGCUUGGACACAGCAGCGAUGACAGCAGUUCACAUGGAAGUAAAAUAAGUACAGCUCCACAGGAAUCUUGAAAAAUAAUUCGAAUGUUACUACAUUAGGAAUACAAAUUGUGUCCAGUCAUAGAGAAGAAAGCUUGCUAGUAAUAUAUUCUUACCUAAAGCUCAGUCAUGAUAUUCUGUAUUUAAAUUGUUAAAGAUGGUGGCUUGUUUAUUAGUGGUACGGUAUUUUUAUGUUGUCUAAUUUUAGCCAAGCUUCUGUAUAAAGCUAAACGUCUGUGAAUGCUAUACUUUCCUUUAUUGCCAAGUAUUAUUGAUAAAUAAGAUCCUGCCUUCCAAAGAAAUUAUUUGUAUGUUUAAAAAAACUAGCUGGUUUUAUUGAGUUUUAAAAGAUAGUAUAUAGGUAGCAUUUAAAAUCCAGCUAGAGCAUUCCUUCUGUAUCAAGGGGGCAGUUACUGUAAACACAGCGUGUGUGGUGUUAGCCAGUGAGGAGGACCAAGACUGCCUCAGAUAUGUGGCAGGUAUUUUGUAGAUAUCUUUCCUGCACUGGCAAAAACUCUUUGCCUUUGAGUAUUUGAUGAAAUAUUUAACAAUAAUUAAUCUUUCCAGUAUUCUAUUUCACAUUUUGAUGGAAAAUGUAUCUUAUGAAUAGAGAUGUAUUAAGAUAAUGUUUACAUCUUAGAAAAAACAGAAAUAGUGUUAGUCAUUUUACUUAUAUUUGCAAUAUGUAUAUUCAGAAAUACAUUUUUGUUGUCUAAAACCAGCUUAAACAAAUUGUUUCUAGAAAGAAAUCAUUUGUUUUCAUUAUUAUUGUGUCAUUAGAAUUACAGGUUAAUGUUUUAUUUUCUGACCAAAUAUGUAAAUUUUUUAUCACUACAUAAGUUUCAUUAUCAAUGAUGGCUCCUUACUACUACUUAAAGUCAGAAGGAUCUUACAAAAAUUACUAAAUUUAAUUUUACCAAUAAAUAGUCCCUUAAUUUUGAAAAGGAUGUGAACUUGCUAAUUUCAGAGUUCAUUAUUCAUUUUUAAAAAAGGCUUUUCUUUUGGGGCAUUUACCUGCAGGUUGGUAUUUUAAUAAAAUGUCUGUAUGUGGGUACGUGGUCCAAAGAUAAAAAUGUUGUAGAUAAACUACUUUGAACUUCAAAUUUCAGAUGAGGCAGCAUUUUUCUCAAGAUAAUGAUCCAAGUUUUUUCCUGACUGAAUGUACAAAAUAUCUCUGAAUCUAAAGCAAAGAUAUUUUCACAUAACUGGGAUAACUUGUUGCUUUUUUAUUUUAACUAAGAGUAUAGCUAAAAGUUAUAUUAUUCAAAAGUAUUCAAAAUGCUUGUUUCAAAGAACUAACAGAAAAGAACAUAAAAGUAAGGUCCAAGAAAAAAUUAAUUUAGAUUAAGAAUGAUUUAUUUAAUUUCUCCUUUCUUGAUCUAAAAAUUAUUACACUUCGGUAACAUUUUGAUUUAAUGUACCUUAUAUUCUAUUAUUUUAUCCUCUAAGACUCACUGUUUCAAUGCAGGAAAAAAAAAUUAGGAGUUAUUUUCCUACUAUGUAAAGUUUGCCAUGAGGCAUCAACGCAGUCUGCAGCUCCUCACCAGUAUGGGUUUGAAUUCAUACUGUUUCUGUUUCACAGCACUUUGAAGAGCAUAUACUGUGCCACCAAUUGUCAUAUUAUUUUUAAAUGAUGUAACACAGCCAUCAAAUUAAGAAAUGCCUCGUAUCUGGGAUGUAAACUUAAUGUGCUCAUUGUUGUCACAUUAAACAAGUAAAAUAUCAACUUUGCUGGAUCACUUAUUUUCCUUAAAAUAUUUCUUUUGACUUAGACAUAAAUUCAGUGUGUUUUAAAAUGAUUGGUAAUUUUUAUUGGUAAUUUUUAUAAAGAACUUUGGUAAAACUUUAAUAUUCACUUCAGUUGUACAUAUUUACCUUGGUU